AUGGAGAAGGAGGUCUUCAGCUUCACUGCCGAUCCUACUGCUAUCCAGCGCAUUUCCGAAACCAAGCGUAACGUCAACGACCCAGAGGGUCUUGAUCAGCUUCGUGAAAUUGCUCGUCUUUUCGAACAACACCUGGACAACGAUGUCCACAUACAUUUCCAUCACUACACGGACUACACAGGGGAGGCAAAGCACCUGGGUCAGGCCGAACAGGAGAGCACAGAGAUUGUGACAAAGAUCAAGUAUCUCUCUCUUCCCUCCCAGAUCACCAAGCGCCUCUUGAUCUGGGCAGUCUCCUCCCUCAGGGGCGGCUGCGGAGUUGCGGCAGUUGUUUGGAAAGGAAACCGCAAGGAGUCGCGUCGGAACGAGAGGAAGCCGUCCGUCAACUUCCCAUUUCGGACAAACAAGCCCAAUCUGGUCGAGCUUUUUGCUAUCAAGUCUGCCCGCCAGGUAGUAGUGGACGAUAUCCACAAGGACCUCGCUGAAGCCGUCAACCGGGGCAGCCCUUACUCUUAA